CGGCGGCGACCCGCGGAAGAAGGGAAAACAUGGCGGGCGCGGCGGGGCCCGGUAGCGGCUCGGGGGCAGCGGGCGGAGACGGAGACGAUUCGCUCUACCCGAUCGCGGUUUUAAUCGACGAGCUCCGCAAUGAGGACGUGCAGCUCCGUCUUAACAGUAUUAAGAAGUUAUCAACAAUUGCUUUAGCACUUGGAGUAGAAAGAACUAGAACUGAACUGCUGCCAUUCCUUACUGAUACAAUCUAUGAUGAAGAUGAGGUACUGCUAGCUCUUGCUGAGCAGCUGGGAAAUUUUACUGGCCUUGUGGGAGGUCCUGACUUUGCCCACUGUCUGCUGCCUCCUUUGGAAAGUCUAGCAACUGUUGAAGAGACUGUGGUUCGCGACAAGGCUGUGGAGUCCCUGAGACAGAUCUCCCAGGAGCAUACUCCUGUUGCUCUGGAAGCUCAUUUUGUACCUCUGGUGAAACGCCUAGCAAGUGGGGAUUGGUUCACUUCUCGCACAUCUGCAUGUGGUUUGUUCAGCGUUUGCUAUCCCAGGGCUUCCAGUGCCAUCAAGGCAGAAAUUAGACAGCAUUUCCGUUCUCUGUGCUCAGAUGACACACCAAUGGUACGACGUGCGGCUGCUUCCAAAUUGGGUGAAUUUGCAAAAGUUUUGGAAUUAGAAAGUGUGAAAAGUGAAAUUGUUCCAUUGUUCACCAAUCUAGCUUCAGAUGAACAGGACUCAGUGCGCCUCCUAGCUGUGGAAGCUUGUGUCAGUAUUGCCCAGUUACUGACCCAGGACGACCUUGAGACUUUGGUGAUGCCUACUCUUCGACAGGCAGCAGAAGAUAAAUCUUGGCGAGUUCGCUAUAUGGUUGCUGACAAAUUUUCAGAGCUCCAGAAAGCCGUGGGUCCUAAAAUCACCCUAAAUGACCUCAUCCCCGCCUUUCAGAACCUCCUUAAAGACUGUGAAGCUGAAGUCCGAGCAGCUGCUGCCCACAAAGUAAAAGAACUUUGUGAGAACUUACCCACUGAAGGUAGAGAGACCAUAAUUAUGAAUCAAAUUCUGCCCUAUAUAAAGGAAUUAGUUUCUGAUACAAAUCAACAUGUCAAAUCAGCUCUAGCUUCUGUAAUUAUGGGAUUGUCUACCAUUUUGGGCAAGGAGAAUACCAUUGAGCAUCUUCUACCUCUUUUUUUAGCUCAAUUAAAGGAUGAGUGUCCUGAAGUUCGUUUGAACAUCAUCUCCAAUUUGGAUUGUGUAAAUGAAGUUAUUGGAAUCCGUCAGCUCUCUCAGUCUCUUCUUCCUGCCAUAGUGGAGCUGGCUGAAGAUGCCAAGUGGAGGGUCCGGCUGGCCAUCAUUGAGUAUAUGCCCCUGCUGGCGGGUCAGCUGGGUGUGGAAUUCUUUGAUGAAAAGCUGAAUUCUUUAUGUAUGGCCUGGCUUGUGGACCAUGUGUAUGCCAUCCGAGAAGCUGCCACAAACAACCUCAUGAAACUAGUUCAGAAGUUUGGUACGGAGUGGGCCCAAAAUACCAUUGUUCCCAAAGUGUUAGUAAUGGCAAAUGAUCCUAAUUACUUGCAUAGAAUGACCACUUUGUUCUGCAUUAAUGCACUGUCUGAAGCCUGUGGUCAGGAAAUAACCACUAAGCAAAUGCUGCCCAUUGUAUUAAAAAUGGCAGGAGACCAAGUGGCAAACGUUCGUUUCAAUGUGGCCAAAUCUCUACAGAAAAUUGGACCAAUUCUAGAUACUGACCCAGAAGCCUACCUUUCACAGAUACUGCUGUUGAAUUUCAGUGCGUUGCAGGGUGAAGUUAAGCUGGUACUACAAAAGUUAGGCCAAGAUGAAGACAUGGAUGUCAAAUAUUUUGCUCAGGAAGCUAUAAGUGUUCUUGCGUUGGCAUAAUGAGGAACAGGAGGGAAAAGGCUUUACUGAAAUUGUUACCACAGAUUUCUAGUCAAUGCGUUCUUAAGCUGGGUGGAAAAAAAUGGAAAGCCUUCAAGAUCUCAUCCAAGCAAAUGGCAGCACCUUACAAGAAAUCAAAUUUCAGUGACUUGAUUCUUUCUAAAGAUGAAACGGGAUUGUUUUUUACCUGUCUUCUUUGUUGGGAUAAUUAUUUGUCAUUCUUACUGUUUCUGACCAAUUCCUGACAUUUGGUACAGUCAUCGCUUGAUUGUCUCCUGAUGCUUAUCUGUGACUUGUCUGGGCUCCUGGGUCUUCACUGUGUAAUAAGGCCCUAAAAAAAAAAAAAAAAAAGGCCCUGGCCACCUAAUAUUCCCGACAAAGCCUGGGUAGGUUCGGACCCAGACCUGGAGAGGAGUGAGUAACUUGAUGUUUUUACAUGUAUCUGUGUGUCCCUCCAUCAUUCCAAUGUUAAAUAUACAUCGUUUAGAAUAACUUGUCUUAUAAAUUCUCCGUUUGGGAGACAUACUGAGAUUUGACUGUAGUGAAAGCCACGUUUUCCUGGAUAUAAUGAGGGUCUGCAUCAGGGUCUCCCAGGAGAGGGGAACGUGGAAGCUCAGGGUUAAUGUAUUGGUUAGUUUGGGCUUUAUUUGCUCUAUUCUGACUGUAAUCAUGCCGUUCAGAGACCUGAAGUGUGGACGCAUCUUGCUGCUAACGUGUGAUGUUGAAAUCUAACCAAAUUUCAAUGGCUCACCAAUUUGACGGCACUCAAAAACACUUCUGUCUCUCUCCUGAGAAAUUGUAUGUUGAGUGCCUCCUGAUAAGCAGUGGUUCUACGGUUUCAUUGUGAGAUUUUAGCUUCGAUUUCUAAUGAGUAAAGGGACUAUUGGUAUAAUACUGUGUAGAUCUCUCAUCUUGCCCUGGUUCUGCUUCAGCAGUGGUAACAUCUGGUCACUGCUACAGUGUACAGUAGCUUUCCAAACUGAAGUUUCAUUACUAGUUUUUUGAUACGGGUGAUGCCAAAGUCUUUAUCAUUUGAAGUGUUUGUUUUUCUGCUUUUACAGUAAAACCUCAUAAUUCUUCCUGGAAUUUAAGAUAAUGGGUUAAGCUGAAGGGUUUGCUGAAGCUAAUUAUUAAUAUGUAAGGAAGCUUCUUUGAAGCUGUCUUUAAAAAGCACCCAUUUACUAGUUGAUAUUCCAAUUACCAAGCAUUCUUUUCAGUUCGAUUAGAAUACCUUCCGUGAGGAGCUCUCUGAAACCAUGACCGCCCCCCCUUUAGGUGUAUUUAAUUUACUCUUUAUCCUUAAAAUAUAUACAUGUGUCUUUAAUGGAGAAUUUAAAUCUUUUCAAUUUAUUUACAUUUUUAAUCUUUUCAGACUCAUCUUGUCUCUAGUGAAUUUUUAUUAGUGAGGUUUCACUGUAGCUUCCUUUUCUUUCAGUGCAGUUUGCUUGUUUCCAUUUUGGCUUUUGAGUUGUUUAUUCCUUCACAACCUUUUAAACCAGCCAGACUGUUCUGUUUUGUGAAGGCUCAAAGACUUCCAUAAAACUUUGUACAUUAAACAAUUACAUAAAAUGAAGUGUGACUAAAUAUUUUCAAAUUUGUCCUAGAAAAAUUGAACAUUUAAAAUCCGAAAUGACCUGCCUGCAUUUUAAACUGCCAAAUUACCUUAUAAUAAGUUUUAAUUUUACUGCUUUUUGGGUAAAGGGUUAAAUAUUUUUCUAAGCAAAAAUCUUUUCUACUUUCUCAUUUUAAUAUCUGAAACUGUUAGUUAGGUUAAGUGCUACAGCUGCUAACCAAAAGGUUGGCAGUUCAGAUCCACCCGGCGCUCCUUGGAAACUCUAUGGGGUAGUGUUACUCUCUCCUAGAGGGUCGCUGUGAGUCAGAAUUGACACAGUGGCAAUGGGUUUUUGGUUCUAUUAUGUUUUAAACAUUUUAAGUUUAGUUUCGUGGUUCUUUAUAUUUUGUUACCUAUAGGUUAUGUCGUUGAAUUUCAUAUUUGAGAGACUUUUUUUUUUUAAGCCUUGAAACAAAUUUGCAUAACUGUUAUGUUACUCUUUGACUGGAAAUGCCAUUGGUUUGGAGAUAAACUUUUAAACUUCCUUUGUUUCCUCCCACAGGGAGCCCUGUGCAUUGUCUCUGCCCCAGACUGUCAGAGGGGGAGCCAGCGAGCCCAGCAGGGCCAUCUUUCUGGUGACCCCUUAGGGACUUUAUUAUUACUUUUUGACUUAAGCAAUAGGGUAUCCCUUUUGUUACUCUUCAAAUAAAUUGUUCUUUGGCUCUUAACUUGGUCAUUUUCUCUGUGGGUUAGUUAUCUUGAUCUCACCAAGAAUGUAAGCUCUGGGAGCUCUUGAAGGGUGGGCAUUUUUGUUUGUUUUGCUUCCUGCUGUAUAACCAGCACCUAGAUCAGUGUCUGGUGUACAUAGUAGGUACUCAAUAAAAAAUGCGUUCAAUGAAUGAAUUCCUAAAA